AUUUCUUUUCCUCUUUCUCCAUUGUUCUCACCUGCUUCAACCUAACCCUACCUUUCUGCAGUUUAAUUUUAGGCAUACAGAGGGACAAAAUCAGAGACCAAAUCAACUCCAUCCCAGAUCCCCUUGUCCGAUAACACCCACUGUUCACUGUGAUUUUCACUCUACUGCACAUUCCGCAGCGUUUGUUCUUCAGCGGAUGGAGCCGCGUGUUGGUAACAAGUUUCGACUCGGACGUAAAAUCGGCAGUGGAUCCUUCGGAGAGAUCUACCUUGGUACUAAUAUACAGACCAAUGAGGAACUAGCAAUUAAGCUUGAAAAUGUCAAGACUAAGCAUCCUCAAUUACUGUAUGAAUCAAAAUUAUACAGAAUUCUACAAGGAGGAACUGGAAUACCAAAUGUGAGAUGGUUUGGUGUGGAAGGAGACUACAAUGUUCUGGUCAUGGAUUUACUUGGACCCAGCCUUGAAGAUUUGUUUAAUUUUUGUAGUAGGAAGCUUUCUCUGAAGACAGUUCUGAUGCUUGCAGAUCAAAUGAUAAACCGUGUUGAAUUUGUACACACUAAAUCCUUUUUACAUCGAGACAUCAAACCUGACAAUUUUCUUAUGGGCUUGGGACGACGCGCAAAUCAGGUAUAUAUAAUAGACUUUGGUUUGGCUAAGAAGUAUCGAGACUCUGCUACUCACCAACACAUUGCUUACAGAGAGAACAAAAGUUUGACUGGAACUGCUAGAUAUGCUAGCAUGAACACUCACCUUGGUAUUGAACAAAGCAGGAGGGAUGAUUUGGAGUCUCUUGGAUAUGUCCUAAUGUACUUCCUAAGAGGAAGUCUUCCUUGGCAAGGACUAAAAGCAGGAACGAAGAAACAAAAGUAUGAGAAAAUAAGUGAGAAGAAGGUUUCAACUUCUAUUGAGGUCUUGUGCCGAGGCUAUCCUACAGAGUUUGCAUCGUAUUUCCAUUACUGUCGUUCACUUCGGUUUGACGACAAACCAGAUUAUGCUUAUCUGAAGAGAAUCUUCCGUGACCUCUUUAUCCGUGAAGGAUUCCAGUUUGACUAUAUCUUUGAUUGGACUAUUUUGAAAUAUCAGCAAUCACAGAUUUCAGCUCCCGCUCCUCGGGCUCUUGGUGCUGGUGCCGGUACCAGCUCUGGGAUGCCCCCUCUGGUCCCUAAUGCGGAACAGCAGCCUGGUGAGGAAGAAGCUAGACAAUUAGGUGAUUCCUCCCGAAGGAGAAUCUCCGGGCCACUUGUAAAUUCAACUGGAUUGUCUAAGCAGAAAAGUCCUAUUAGAAUAGAUUCUGCAAGCAGAGAUCCUAUGGUGUCAAGCUCCAGCUUUAUGGGAAGAUCAAGUGGGUCAUUCAGGAGAGGUGCAGUCUCCAGUGGGCGUGAAACGUUAACCAUUGGAAAUGACUCUGACCCCACAAGGUUGCGAACCCCGGAUAUAAGUCCAGGGGCCCUACAGAAAUUGUACGGAGGACAAAGAAGCUCCACAGACCCUCCAAAACACAUCAACACUUCCGGUGGCAAGGACUAUGAGUCUGCUGUCAAAGGGGUAGAAGCCAUGCGCUUGGACGAAGAUUAUUGAGUUGAAAAAGUCCGGGGGGCAAAGCCAAUUUCUCCUCGGCACUGUAUAUUUUUGGUCUUCUUGAAAUUUGAGUUUGCACAUUAAGGGAGCUGUUCAAAGUCAACAUGUGAUUGUUGUAAUUGUUGUGUGUGCAGGCUGAUCUGAUUAUUGUGGUAUGCCACACUCCUCUUUACAUUGGCAUGCUCUUAAAAAAGUAACAAAUGCUUGGCAAUGUUACUGAACCUGUAAAUUUGACCAUUGUUGUUCAUUCAUGCUACAGAUGAUUUUUGCUGCAGUUACCCCACCCCCAGCAUUCCUUGAAUCAUGACCCUAUUGUUAGUCUAUGU